ACGGCCGCACUAUCCUUCAGUGGCUUCCCAUCAUGGAUCUUGAUAAAAGGUCGUAGCCCGCUCGACAAAGAAAUCUCAAGAUUCUCAAGUUAUCCUUCCGGUCUGAACUGGUGUCCUCUCGUUUUAUCAAACUCUUGUUGUUGUCGACCAUUUCCCAUAAAGCGCUGUUGGACAUUAAGCCAGCCCUCACCGACUUGAAGCCUUCUGAAGCCAAUUUUACAGCAGGCCUCUUAGAACCGAGAUAGAAAUAGGAUAAGGCACGGAAUCCCAAAUAUGCAGUCCUUUCGUCUCUCUGAAAGGAAAAAGGUCAUGUUCACUCAGGAAGAAACCGCGGAAACUCCAAAUGCGAACCAUGUUGUGCUGGAGAAUGCGCCAACAGAGAGCAGAUCGACCUUAGGAUAUUCAGACAUUUCCAUAGCCGAGGAAGAAGAGAAGGAUAUCGAAACUGGAAAUGCUAGCCCCAAACACAAAGAAUCUCCUGUGAGCGAGCAUACGAAGCAAGUACAAGAUGAGAACACAGUAUGGUGGGAUGGUGACGAUGAUCCUGAGAAUCCUAUGAACUGGAGUGAGAAGAAAAAAUGGGCCAAUAUCGCCGUAAUGGCCAUGAUUACUUUUCUCACGCCCCUAGCGUCUUCCAUGUUUGCGCCGAGUGUAUCUCAAGUCAUGGAAGAAUUUCACAAUUCGAACCAGAUGCUAGCGGCAUUUGUUGUCUCGAUCUAUGUCUUGGGCCUAGCUUUUGGUCCACUUGUGCUAGCUCCUCUGUCGGAAGUAUACGGCCGGUGGAUCAUAUAUUUCGUGUGCAAUACCAUGUACCUGGUGUUCACUCUGGCCUGCGCCGUGUCAACAGAUCUCAAUAUGAUGAUCGGUUUCCGUUUUCUAGCAGGUAUAGUUGGCAGCGCUCCUCUCGCAAUUGGAGGAGGCACAGUCGCAGACCUCUUCCCCGUUCACCAGCGAGGUCGAGCUCUGUCAUUUUACACGCUAGGUCCCAUCUGCGGACCUGCUGUCGGUCCCGUAGCUGGAGGAUUCCUGGCAGAAGCCAAAGGUUGGAGAUGGGUCUUUUGGCUGCUUACCAUUCUUAGCGGAGCAACUAUCAUAGCACAACUCCUCUUCAUGCGCGAAACCUAUGCAGUCACAAUCCUCGCGCGCAAGACAAAGCGUCUACAGAAACAGACUGGAAACUACCAACUACGCUCUAGACUAGACACGGGAAUAUCACCUCGACUCGUACUCACGCGAGCCAUCGUCCGCCCUACAAAGAUGACUCUCCUCUCACCCAUCAACAUCCUCCUAUCAGUAUCUUCCGCUUUCGUCUACGGCAUGUUCUACCUCCUCCUAACCACCUUCCCUCUCGUAUUCAGCGAAACAUACGGCUUCUCAACUGGCAUCUCCGGCCUGACGUACCUCGGUCUCGGAGUCGGCAACAUAGCUGGCAUGAUUACCUUCACACUCACCAGCGAUCGAUACAUCAAGGCUCGCGCCGCUGAAGGCAAACUCAAGCCCGAAGACCGUCUCCCGUUACUCAUUGCAGCAGGACCACUCAUGGCCGCGGGCCUGUUUUGGUACGGAUGGAGCGCCCAGGCCCACACGCACUGGAUUGUCCCUAUUAUCGGAUCUGCCUUAUUCGGAUUCGGAAGCAUGUCCUUCUUCAUGCCUGUCAUGGGAUAUCUCGUCGAUGCAUUCACGGUAUAUGCUGCUUCAGCCCUUGCGGCGAAUACGGUAUUGAGGUCUAUUGGAGGCGCUCUCCUCCCUCUCGCGGGGAGGAGUAUGUAUAAGACUCUGGGAUUUGGAUGGGGCAACUCGUUGCUUGGGUUCGUCACGGUUGGGUUCUGUCCGUUUCUGAUCAUGCUGUAUAAGUUUGGAGAGACUGUCCGCGUGAAGUAUCCUAUUGAGCUGUAGCUGUGGUCGGUAAGGGGAUGGCUUUAUAGUUAUUUCGUGUCUAUUGCGUAUGGACUAUAUGCUCAUUAGAAAAUACACUUGUUUUAGAUUAGAAGUCAUCGCUUCAGUGUUUUUUUUUAACGUAAGACCGUUUACGAACGAGGGUAGAAAAUCAUAUUCUGCUCUGGUAAUGAAUAUAUAAUCGACCGUCAAUCCCGAC